AAGAAAGCCAUUAAACAAGUGUGGGCGAGAGUCGUCCUCCCUGAUCCGAUCCCUCCCCCCAUUCGAUGUGAGAUCUACACGGAUAUAGCCUGAUCCAGGAAGAGCGGCUGCAGUAAGCAGACCAGGGGGUGAGAGAGACCGGGAGCGAGAGGAAGCAGUGGCGUGCGGCGGUAGCCAUUAAGCAGAGGGGGAGAAAAUAUCGAUCAUUGAUUGGAUUUUCCUGUGGGCGAUCUUUUCCUCUACGGAUGGAUUCGCUGUCCUCCACCCGUAUAUAUACACCGCCAAUGGCCACGGCGCCAGCGACCGCCAAGUGGUCGCGGACCGCAGCGGUGCCUUGGACGCGCCUCCUCCUCUCACCCUCGACAGCUACUCCUCCGCUCCUCCUCCUUGGGCUCACGUGCCGCCGGUUGUUCGGGAUGGGGUCGUCCUCCCGCCGGAGCGUAGCGCCCUUCGACCACCUCUCCCACGUGGAGUCCACGUCGCAGCUACCUUCCGGCGCCGGGCGGAUCUCCCGCCCCAACGCCGUCGUCCUUGGGGAGGCCAUCGCCGCCGAGGAGGUCGACCUCGUCGUCCCCUCCCACGACUUCUCCCGCGACGCCCUAGUCUCCUCCCCGGAACAGUACCAGCAAAUGUAUAAGCGAUCGAUAGAGGAUCCCGCGGGAUUUUGGUCAGAGAUCGCAUCCGAGUUUUACUGGAAGGAGAGGUGGGGUCCGGAGGUCUGCAGCGAGAAUAUUGACGUGAGGAAAGGGACUGUUAAGAUCGAGUGGUUCAAAGGAGGUGUUACAAACAUCUGUUACAAUGCCUUGGAUCGGAACAUAGAGGCCGGCAAUGGAGAUAAGGUAGCUCUGUAUUGGGAAGGCAAUGAGCCAGCCCAAGAUGGGCAGCUGACAUAUGCCCAGCUGUUGGAGAAGGUUUGCCAGCUUGCCAAUUACUUGAAACAUGUUGGGGUCGGUAAAGGGGACGCAGUGGUCAUUUACCUGCCCAUGUUGAUGGAGUUGCCAAUUGCAAUGUUGGCAUGUGCUCGCAUUGGUGCUGUUCACUCGGUUGUGUUUGCUGGCUUCUCGGCAGAAUCUCUUUCACAGAGGAUUAUUGACUGCAAACCAAAAGUCAUAAUAAGCUGCAAUGCGGUGCGUAGAGGAGCCAAAACCAUCCAUCUCAAAGAGAUAGUUGACAAUGCUUUGGUUGAGUCUACCAAAAAUGGAGUUCCUGUGGACUUGCGCUUGAUUUAUGAAAACAAGUCUGCCAUGGAUAGAGAAACAACCAAAUGGCUGGAAGGAAGAGACAUCUGGUGGCAGGAUGUUGUUCCGCAAUAUCCAACCAAGUGUUCAGUGGAAUGGGUUGAUGCAGAAGAUCCACUGUUUCUCUUGUACACAAGUGGCAGCACUGGAAAGCCGAAGGGUGUAUUGCACACAACUGGGGGGUAUAUGGUAUACACUGCAACAACAUUUAAGUAUGCAUUUGACUAUAAGCCAUCAGAUGUAUACUGGUGCACUGCUGACUGUGGCUGGAUCACCGGACACAGCUAUGUUACAUAUGGUCCUCUUUUGAACGGAGCUACUGUUUUGGUUUUCGAAGGGGCUCCAAGUUACCCUGAUUCUGGACGUUGUUGGGAUAUUGUGGAUAAGUACAAGGUGACAAUAUUUUACACAGCACCAACCCUGGUCCGUGCCCUCAUGCGUGAUGGUGAUGAGUACGUUACUUGCUACUCUCGUAAAUCUCUACGUGUUCUAGGAAGCGUGGGGGAGCCCAUUAACCCGAGUGCAUGGAGAUGGUUUUACAAUGUUGUCGGGGAUUCACGAUGCCCUAUAUCAGAUACCUGGUGGCAAACUGAGACUGGUGGUUUCAUGAUUACACCUAUACCUGGUGCCUGGCCACAGAAACCUGGUUCUGCCACAUUUCCUUUCUUUGGCAUUGAGCCUGUCAUAGUCGAUGAGAAAGGAAACGAGCUAGAAGGUGAAUGCAGCGGGUAUCUUUGCAUUAAGAAGUCAUGGCCAGGGGCAUUUCGAUCACUUUAUGGUGAUCAUGAAAGAUAUGAGACCACAUAUUUUAAACCAUUCACUGGUUAUUACUUCACAGGUGAUGGUUGCAGCAGGGACAAGGAUGGCUACCACUGGCUCACCGGAAGAGUUGAUGAUGUUAUCAAUGUCAGUGGGCACCGCAUUGGAACUGCAGAGGUAGAAUCUGCCCUGGUGUCUCACCCCCAAUGUGCAGAGGCUGCUGUCGUUGGUGUUGACCAUGAGGUCAAAGGGCAAAGCAUAUAUGCUUUUGUCACUUUAGUGGAUGGCGUUCCUUACAGCAAUGAAGUACGGAAAAGCCUCAUUUUGGCCGUCAGAAGCCAGAUUGGCGCCUUUGCUGCCCCAGACAAAAUCCACUGGGCACCGGGACUACCAAAGACCAGGAGCGGAAAGAUCAUGAGAAGGAUAUUGCGGAAAAUUGCUUCACGGCAGCUAGAUGAGCUUGGGGAUACAAGCACACUUGCAGACCCAAGUGUUGUGGACCAGCUAAUUGAGGGGCAUAUAUAUAGAGAGAGGAGGAGGAGGAUGAAUGGUGGUCGUAAUCGUUCUCGUUCUGUGCCAUGGCCAAAAACUGGGUGCUGGAGAUCCAUGACCAGCUCGAGAGCGUCGAACCAGCAGCAGAGACAGGUCGUCUCCUUCGGGCCGUACCACCACGGGGACCCCGACGUCUGGCCCAUGGAGGAGCACAAGCACAGAGCGCUCCUCCACUUCCUCAGGAGGGCGAACAAGCGGCUCGACGAGUUCGUGGCGGCGAUGGGGGAGGUGGUGCAGCAAUUGCAGGACGCGUAUCAGGGCCUCGACGAUCCAUGGAGGGAGAAGGACCGGUUCCUGCAGCUGAUGAUCCUCGACGGCUGCUUCAUGCUCGAGAUAAUGCGCGUCGCCACCGGCGCCUCCAGUGACUACGCCUACAACGACCCCAUCUUUAGCAGCCAUGGGAUGCUGUAUACCGUCCCCUACAUCAAGCGAGACAUGCUGAUGAUCGAGAACCAACUGCCCCUGCUGGCCUUGGACACUCUCGUCUCUGUCGAGAGCAGCAAACCCAAGCUCGAAGACUCUGUAAACAAGCUGGUGCUCAAGUUCUGCGCGUCAGGUCAUGGCCGACCGUCCACGGCGAGCGUGGCCCUGGGUCUCCACCCCCUCGACGUUUUCCGGAAGAGCCUGCUGUACGACCCGACGCACCGCUCGCCGCUGGUCAGGCCGGAUCGGGACGGCUCCAGCGAGAUCGUCCGGUCGGCGGUGGAGCUGUACGAGGCCGGGAUCCGGUUCAAGAAGAGCAAGACCAACAGCCUGCGGGACAUCAGCUUCCACCACGGGGUGCUCAGGCUGCCGGUGAUCGUGGUGGACGACGCCACCGAGUACAUGUUCCUCAACCUCAUGGCCUUCGAGCGGCUGCACUGCGGCGCGGGCAACGAGAUCACCUCCUACGUCUUCUUCAUGGACAACAUCAUUGACUCGGCCAAGGACGUCAGCCUGCUGCACUCCAAGGAGAUCAUCCAGAACGCGGUGGGGAGCGACAAGGCGGUGGCGAAGCUGUUCAACCGGCUGUCCAAGGACGUGGUGCUGGACCCGGAGAGCACCCUCGACGAUGUCCACCGCAAGGUCAACAACUACUGCCGCAAGGACAUCAACAUGUGGCGGGCCAACCUCAUCCACACCUACUUCCGGAGCCCCUGGGCGGUCCUCUCGCUUGCCGCCGCCAUUUUCCUGUUGGUCCUCACCGUGCUACAGACUGUGUACACCAUCAUCCCCUUCUACACAGACAAUGGCGGCGACGCUCCCUCCCCCCAGUAAUCUCGGGUUAAAGCUUGUGAUUGUGCUUGGUUUGUUUGAUUGCUUUCUUUCCUAUCUUUGGUCGGCGUGUUGAGUGUUUAAGGUUGAUAGCUCGAUCAGAUCGAUGAUCGAUGUGAUCGUGUUUCCCGGCUCCAUGGAAAGUUUGACAUGUUCUUCCCAUAAUACAAGUCGAUGCCUGAGAAUGGCUUGAGAAUCGUGUA